AUGCGCGCGCUCCUCGGUCUCCUCUCCAUCGCCGUCCCGAUUCUCGUCGCGCUCGUCCCUGCCGUCCAUUCCCGGGAGUUCUCGUCUACGGUCUACAACAGCGGCGAAGGCCGCGAGACUCCACGCACGCCCGUCCACGCCGUUUUCCACGGCACGUGGGAGGCUGCUGACGUGGCUCUCGUGAAAGAUUUCAUCAGCGCGCUGCCAGCUCAAGGCUAUGACUCGCAGGCUCAGCUGGGAGCCGUAGCCAUUGAUAACCACCACUAUGACGACACCGCACUCGAAGCCGUCCAGCACCAGAUCGACAUCGGCGCGCUUCCAUUCGACCGCGCCGCGCUCUACCUGCUGGUUACCAGCGGCGACGUCGCAGUAUCCAUCGCCGGCGAAACCUUCUGCGAAGACUACUGCAGCAAGCAGUCAUCACUUGAACUCCACGGAGCCGAUGGGUCGUUCGGAGAAGUCAAAUUUCUCCAAGCGGGUGACGUGGCUGCGCGCUGUCCCGACCGCUGCACCUUCCGCGGCGCCCGAGGAUCUGAACCCAGUCCCAUCCGCCAUCUGCUUCGCCAUCUUGGCUCGGCAAUCACCGAGGCUCUUCCAGCCACGGUUGCCGAGCCAUCUGCUUCCGGUUCGGCAGUGGAGCAGGAGGAGAACGUCACUACCGCCAAGAUGUGUGCCGCCUUCCCAACAGAGACCUUCAUUCAUGCCAUCCCGUACGGGAGCAACUCUUCAGGCGUUUCUUCAGGUGCACAAGCAGACGGCAUGGCCACAUGCGCAGCUUCUUCCAUGGGAUCCGUGGUUGUGCCUCCAACAGCUGCUGGCCGGGCCAAGUAA